AAUUUUCCUUUGCAGCAUUACAAUUCUUCUCUUUAAUAAUUGUUUCCGAGGUGAAUUUCUUGAUAGAGUUAAAUCUGUUUGUGUUUCCUGACUCUCUGCAAUCAUUGUUAAUUUUGCAUUUGUAAAUAAAUAUAACAUUGUAUGCAAGUUCAUAAUCAUACUUUCUAUUUAAUACAAUUUACCUCUUUCGUUUUGUAUUUCUGUAUUUGCAACAUAACUUGAAGUGCUAGCUUCUAAAUAAUCCAGCAAGGGAAUGUCUGAACCUUUCAAAAACACAUUAAAACAAACGUAAAAUUACUUUUUAUACCAUAAAUGAUAACGAUUGGAAUAAAUAUAGGUAAGAAAGGGGUGCGUGCGUGCGUGCGUGCGCGCGCGCGUGUGUGUGUGUGUGUGUGUGAAGCGGAGGGAAGAGAGAAAGGAUGUAAAGAGAAAAUAUCAUACAAUAACAAUGAUACUAGUUGUUCCGAAUUACAAUUAUUGAAUCUUAAUUUAAUCCGUCGUUAUUCGAUAUCUUCAGACAGUUCUCGAGCUCGCUUGUUUUCAUGUAAGAACGCGACAAAUAAGUUAUUUUCGCGAACUCGAUCGACUCGAAACAAUGGAGCUAGCCGAUCCGCUGGCUGUCCGCGACAUUGACUCGAGUUUUUAGACACGUAUAGAUCAAGAGCCUAACGUCCGAAGCCUUGUUGUCACCGUGUUAGUCGAAUUAUCUGAGGGAUUCAAAGGAAAGCGAGGUCUCGGGAACGAUAUUAGAGCUUUGUCAGCACUCGCGUAAAGAUCGAUCUGCUUUUGAAUCACCUCACGAAUCGAACCAAUUCCAGUGUCGGCCAACUCUCAACUCGCUUCGCCGUUGAGCCGCUCUCUCAUUUCGACGUCCGACGCGUCUGAGAGCUCGUCAGGCGCGCGUCAUCGAUUCGCCGCUGCAUAACAUUUCUAUUCUGUGUCUUUGACGAACUGCCACCUCGUGUGUCGGUGCACGCGUGAAAGCACGCCCGAAACCGACGCGAUCAAGAUAUCCGCCGCGUCGCCGAUCCGGCGCUGCAAAUGUGGAAGAUCUCCGAUCUGCGCCUAGUUUGAACUUACGACCUGACUGACAUGGUGCACGAAUUGCAGUGAUAAUAAACUGACCGUUGAGUACACAAGAGUUCUCUCUCAACCUGCAACUACCUCUUCCUCCAUCCGCUUGGAAUCAUCAGGGCUCCGAGAGCACAGUCUCGCGCUCAACGCUGGGCGGUUCCGGUAUCACGAAACACUAGCCAGAUACCAGUCGAAGAAUUAAAAAGACGCUGGAAAAUUCAAUGUGAUCGAUAUAUGAGGAUUCGAAGUGAUAUGAAAAAAAAACCACGCAGUGGAUCAUCUGCGGCAACCAAAAAACAUCCAAACUAUAAAUAUUAUAAAUUAAUGUCAUUUUUAGAUGAUAGUAUGGAACAGCAAAAGCAUGUAUCGAAUAUAUGUUUUAAUAUAAAAUCACAGCCGCUUACUUCAUCAUCAAAUUAUAAUACUUCACAAAUAAAAACUUCUCACGUUGACAAUCUGCUUCCGUCAUGUACUACUCAGGUUCAAUCUCCGCUUACAUCACCUACAGCUGAUUUUUCAUCAUCCGAAACGAUUUCUCAGUCUUCAUCAUCUUCCUCAUUGACAAGUUCCGCAAGUCAUAAUUUUACCAAAUCAUCAAAACACGUCCGACGAUUUUCCACCAUCGAAGAUGAAUUAUUACGUGGACUUGCAAUAUUAAAAGAACCAACACCACCUGCAGCAACAGACUCGAUAGAUCUAUUUUGUCGCAGCAUUGCAGAUACUUUACGGAAGCUAGAUCUGAAAAGCAGAUUAUCAGCUGAAAUGGAAAUAAUACAGUUACUCCAUGAUAAGUUUUAAAAGAUUCAAAAAUAUAUUGUUUUUAUUAUAAUAAUAUUAAGAAAUAUAUAGCAAUAUUAUUAAUAAUAUUAAAAAAAUAAUUUUUAGUUUUCGUUAUGUGAUUAAAGAAUUUAUUAUGUGUUUAGUUUAUAACUAUAACAAAUGUACUUAAUUGUUGAAUAUUACAUUUUAUUUUAUUUUAUUAGUUUAAUAGACGAAAAAUAUGUUCCUUUUUUUAAGAUUAUAAUAUUUAUUUUAGAACGUUUAGUACAGAUAAAAAUGUUAUACAAAAUACUCUUAUUCUUUUACAUUCAGUUUUGCACAUGGAUACAUACAUUAUCUACAUACAUAAGUUUAUUAAUAAAACAAUGUUUUCUUAACAUGUACAUGUUUUUUUAAAUAAAGUCAUGUUUAUGUUA